ACCAUGAUGAAGAUAAAGUUGGAAAAUGUUGCUGCCACUCUUAUUAUUAUACUUAUCGUCAUUUUGUCUAUUUUUACAAAUUGUAAACUCACAGCCAUGGAAUGAGAAUCUUGAAAAACUGUUAAAACUCCACAAUGAUUACAGACAUGAUUUGAUGAACUGUAAAGUAGAGGGUCAGCCUCCAGCGAAAUACCUUCCAGAUCUUCAAUGGGAUAAUGAUCUGGCUUAUUAUGCUCAACGGUUAUCAGAUCAAUGUUACUUCAGACAUGAUAAAGUCCAUUUGCCUAAAUACAAGCAUGUUGGUCAAAAUAUAGCAGGCUACCAAACAGUUGAGAAAGCUGUUUAUGAAUGGUUCAUUGAGUAUAAAGACUAUGAUUUUUAUUCGCAUCACUGUUAUGGUGUGUGUGGACAUUAUAAACAGAUGGUCUGGGAAAAUACUACACAUGUUGGUUGUGGUGUGACAGACUGCAAAGGUACAUCAUUUCCAUAUGGAUUAUCCGUAGUUUGUAAUUACGGUGAAGGUGGUAAUUAUCCUAAUCAAUACCCUUAUACAACAAAACCAGCUAGUGAAUGUGGUAAAACACCCGUUCCAAUUAAAACUACACCAAGGCCAGCUGUUAUCACAACACCUCAAAAGCCACCAGUUACAAAGAAACUACCGAAGCCCGACUGGACAAGACUUAUAUCCACCUGGAGUCAAUAUGCUACUACGCAAAAGCUUCAAGGAACUGUGACACAAACAUGUGUUUGUAUUAACUAAAACUUCUGAAUAAAUAUUGAGCUUUUAUUGUUGUUCAUUUUAAAAAUAUAAAUGUUUAUUUGUUGACUAUAAUAACAUUUUUCAAUGCUGAACCUGAAAUUACGAUUGUUUUCUGUAUAGGUAUCGAAAUUAUUCACUGUAUUCACUGUCUAUGCCCUUCACCGGUCUAGUGCAUUCUCCUAUAUAGCAAGCCUCACAUCUCGAACACUUCAUCCUACAGGCACAGUUGCUUUGUGUCAUUUUGGGAAACAUAUCUGUGACAGUUACCUAAGAUUUCUGUA